AUGAAUAACAACUCAUAUUAGUCGUAUAAACCGUAUUCUAGAAUUUAGCAAUAAACCUAUCAUAAUAAUCAAAUACUUUCAUAUGUUGGAUAAGUUCUUCAGAAAUCUAGAACCAAUUACAAUUAACACAAGCAAUUUGAAUCUAAUAUCAAAACUAAUUAAAAUUAACAAAAUAUUACUGCUGACUCCAAUAAUAAAAGUAUUCUUAACUCACCAAAAAUAUCAACAUAAGAAUUGAUUGUUGCUUAGAAAUAAGACAUUACUCCAACAAAAACUAUUGCAUUGCAUCAAUCAUAAUAAAUUAUAGAUAGACAACCAUUAAUUCCGUUAAUUCCACUAAUGUAAAAUUUAAAAGAAUAGUAUAAAUAAGUAUACUAUAAUUCUUACUUUAGAAAUAAGCUUUUAUAUAAUAAUCUCCAUCCAAAAAGACUGAAGAACGCUUUAAGAAUUUUAAAAUAAUAAAGAAACUUGGGGAUGGUAAAUACAGUGAAGUGUUUCUAGCAAGACAUCUUCAAACUGGAUUUUUAGUUGCAUUGAAAGUCAUUCAAAAAAAAUAAAUUGUUGNUCCAAACUAAUCAUUUGAAAAUAUGCCCAAGGACAAUAAACAGCUCCAAAUCCUGAUAAAAUUCCAAUCAUAAAAGUCCCAAUUUUCGUAAUGA